AUGACAACAGUCAGGGCCUUAAUAGCUACUGCGGUUAAGAAGGGCUGGUCCAUCUCACAGUUGGAUGUGAAUAAUGCUUUCCUCCAUGGGGAUCUCAAUGAAGACGUAUAUAUGCAGGUACCACCUAAGUUAGUAAUAGACAAACCAGGUUUAGUCUGCAAACUGAACAAGUCUCUCUAUGGUCUGAAGCAAGCAAGUAGACAAUGGAAUGGAAAUACAUCAGUAUAUGUUGCUGUAUAUGUAGAUAAUGUGUUAUUGACUGGAACUGAUCAACAAGAGAUUGCACAGCUCAAGAGCUUCCUACAUGAGCAGUUCAAGAUCAAAGAUCUAGGACAUCUUCAUUAUUUCCUGGGGCUGGAAGUUAUGUAUAAGGAUGAUGGGGCCAUUAUAUCACAAAGAAAAUUUGUGUUGGAUCUGCUGAAGGAGUACAAUUGUCUCGAACACAAGGCUUGCUCUUCACUUUUGGACCCUACUAUAAAACUAAAAGCCAAGGAAGGGACAAUACUGCAGGAUCCCACUUACUAUAGGAAAUUAGUAGGCAAACUAAAUUUCCUAACCAACACCAGAUUGGACAUAGCAUAUAGUGUUCAACACUUUAGCCAGUUUAGAUACCUAAAGAAUGAUCCUACCUUGAGAAUUUUCAUGUCAAAUGAUGGGGACCAUACAAUCAAAGCGUAUUGUGAGUCUGAUUGGGCAGCCUGCCCAGACUCUAGGAGGUCCAUCACAGACUACCUAGUUUUGUUGGGUAACCGUCCUAUUAGUUGGAAGUCUAAGAAGCAAGAGACCAUAUCUCUUUCUUCUGCAAAAGCAGAAUAUAGAGCCUUGAAGAAGGUUGUGGAAGAGCUGGUAUGGUUAUGCACACUAUUCGAAGAAUUGACUGUUCCUUUUUCCCUGCCCAUUUCAGUCUUCUGUGAUAGCCAGUCUGCCUUGCAUAUUGCAAGGAAUUCAGUAUUCCACGAGAGGACCAAGCAUAUAGAUUGUCAUUUUGUGCGUGAUCAACUACAAGCAGGCUUGAUCUCUCUCCAUCAUAUCAGAACAGACAACCAGCUCGCGAAUAUCCUAACUAAAGACUUGACAUGA